UAAACUUAAAUGAUUUCUAUAAAAGUGGAUGUGUUUUAAAUGGUGCAACUCCUACCAAACAAAGUACACAAAUGGACUUCAUUUCCAGGCCCAAAUCAUAAAGCAAAACCCAAAUAAGAUCUGUGAAACCCUAAAAUCCCUAAUUCCUUUGCAACUCAAUACGCUUUUCUAUCCAAGAGCAUCUUCGAAGCUUAAGGGAAAAGCUGCACAAAUGGGAAAAGGAACAGGAAGUUUCGGCAAGAGGAGGAAUAAGACUCAUACACUGUGUGUUAGAUGUGGUCGUCGUAGCUUCCAUAUCCAGAAGAGUCGUUGUUCUGCUUGUGCUUACCCUGCUGCUCGUCUUAGAAAAUAUAACUGGAGCGUCAAGGCACUUAGAAGAAAGACCACUGGAACUGGUCGUAUGAGGUAUCUCCGCAAUGUGCCCCGCAGGUUUAAGACGAACUUCAGAGAAGGAACCGAGGCAACUCCAAGGAAGAAGGGCACUGCUGCACCCUCUUAAAUUUCUAAAGAAGCAGUUUGACAUUGUUUCAUUUUGAUUUUGCCUUCCAUUUUGUUGAUGAAUCAAAGUUUGAAUAUUACCUCUCAUUUGUUAUGUUGGAGAUAUUGUUGUUUAAGAUAUUUGUCCUA